ACCCUUCUCCUUCCUCCCCUCCGUUACAUUGUCGUUACGUGUAUAAUCGAACGAUUAUCUUUGCCUGAAACAUGUCUAAUAUUGUACCGUCCACGCCUCCUCGCAUGGCUUCACCACAGCCUACGCCUAGUAAAAAGGUCGCCGCCGCUCUCGAAUCCUUCUCUCUCAAUACUCCUAAGGCCUCCUCGAGCAACCUGAUCGACGACGCGCGUGUUCCGAAUUCUCCAGAUACCGUCAAGGACGCCGACGAGCUGCAAACCGUAGCAGCUCCUGCGGAGGAGGACGGAGAUGUCGAAGAUUGGAGAAAGCGGUGGGUCGGGGAGGUUGAUGUAGAGGAACACAUGGAGCCUCUCCUCAUCGAAUCCAAACGCCGCUUCGUUCUCUUCCCCAUUCAAUAUCAUGAGAUCUGGCAAAUGUACAAAAAGGCCGAGGCCUCCUUCUGGACCGCCGAGGAGAUGGACCUCUCAAAAGACCUUCACGAUUGGAACAACCGCCUGAACGACAACGAGCGCCACUUCAUCUCUCACGUCCUCGCUUUCUUUGCUGCCUCCGAUGGUAUCGUCAACGAGAACCUCGUCGAGCGUUUCUCCAACGAGGUCCAAGCCGCCGAGGCUCGCUGCUUCUACGGCUUCCAAAUCAUGAUGGAGAACAUUCAUUCUGAGACCUAUUCUCUUCUCAUUGACACAUAUAUCAAAGACCCUAAGGAGAGGGACUAUUUGUUUGAUGCCGUGGAGACGAUUCCUUGUGUAAAGAGGAAGGCCGACUGGGCUUUGAAGUGGAUCUCGGAUAGGAGGUCGUGUUUCGCGGAGAGAUUGGUUGCGUUCGCGGCUGUGGAGGGAAUUUUCUUCUCUGGGUCGUUUGCUUCUAUCUUCUGGUUGAAGAAGAGGGGUUUGAUGCCUGGUCUUACGUUCUCGAACGAGUUGAUCACGAGGGACGAGGGGAUGCAUACCGACUUUGCUUGCUUGCUGUUCAGCCAUAUGAAGAGGAGGCCCCAUCCCGAUACCGUCCGCCGGAUCAUCUCCGAGGCCGUCGAGAUCGAGCAGGAGUUCUUGACCGACGCCCUCCCAUGCGCCCUCAUCGGGAUGAACUCCAAACUCAUGCGUCAAUACAUCGAGUUCGUCGCCGACCGUCUCCUGCUCGCUCUCGGCGGAGACAAGUACUACAACUCGACGAACCCUUUCGACUUCAUGGACAUGAUCUCCCUCCAGGGCAAGACCAACUUCUUCGAAAAGAGGGUGUCGGACUACGCUAAGGCUGGUGUAGCGAGCUCGGCCGCGAAUGCCGGCGGAGCGGCGGAGACCUCCAAGGGAUUCUCUGUCGACGAGGACUUCUAGAUUCCCGAGAUCGUUGGCCUUUUGUCCUUACGUCGUUGCCUGCUCUCGCUCGCUCUUGUCCACUUGUCCCUCAAUGUCGUUUUGUCUAGAUCUACCACUCAUCUAUCGUAUUCUGUAAUUAUGUAUCACCACCACUUACUAUCUUGAUCAUCCCAAUGGCGCUUUGAAGUCGUUUCUUC